AUGGCACUAUUCCUCACAUUCCCUCGCGCUCUCACCUCCUUUAUCGCAUCGCGAUCCUUCCUUAUUCGCCCGCUAUCCACCUCUCCGAUCCUCUCCGCCGACAAACCGUUCGCAUUCAAGAGUGGCCCGGCACCCCCAAAACUUCCCAAGGAAGAGCAGGAAAUUUUCGAAGACCUUCAGCGAAAGUCCACCGGUGCAUUCAGCACCCCGCAAGUCAACCAGUCACCUGCUUCCGAGGCCCAGUCCCACCCUGAUGCGCCCGUUGGCGUGAAGCCGGAAUUCGAGGGCGAAAAGAACCCGAAGACGGGUGAGGUUGGAGGUCCGAAGAACGAGCCGUUGAGAUGGGGUUCUGAUGGGGAUUGGAGCUAUGGGGGACGGGUUACGGACUUUUGA